GUGCCAGGACAGUUGCACGUUUGCUGUCGUCGUGCUUGGUGCUGGAAGCUGGAGCUGUGGCUGGCAAGACUGGAUGAGAGCUCAGAGGUUACCGUGGAUGACAUCACCCGUGAAAUUCCAUAAGAAGUGUCUAGUGUGACCAUCCCUUUUGUUCAUGUGAAUGUGUACUCUGUUGAAUAAUAACUACUGUCACUCUUCUGUCAAAUUAUGUUCGGGAAUUUGGGUUAGUGACUCGUAACGAAAAUCCUGCUUCGCACUUCGGUAUUCAGCGUCAACGGCGUCAUGACGCUCCUACUGCAGUGUGUGCGCACGCUGUGUUUACUCGGCUGCAGUCUGCUGUUCUUGCGUGCCCGUGCUGAGAUCAUCGAAAAUUCCGGUUGCAGCGUGAGAAGAGAAUUUUUGAGCGUAGUCUGCGAGAGGCUGAACAGCACCGCGCUCUACAGGGAGCUACAAGCAAAGCUAAAAGAUCCCCCUACGAAUAAAGGAUUUCCGUCUGUCCCAUGGGUACAUGAACUCAGAGUCAUUGAUAGCCGACUACCCGUGCUAGUGUCUGUCACUCCCAGUGACACUCCAGCCUUGGGAGCGAUCAAGCUCCUGGAAGUUGUACGAUGUCAAAUCCGUCAAGUCAGACUUGAAGCAAUGAUGGAAGUUGCGGACAGUCUCCGUUCACUAAGUUUAGCCCAUAACAAACUUGUAACAAUACCAUCCGCCGUUUCUGUCUUGGAGAAACUUGAAGUUUUAGAUCUUCGCCACAACGCCAUUACGAGGCUGACUCCGCUGCUGGCUCAGCUACCAAAUUUGCGUCACGUCAAGCUUGACCACAACAGGAUAAGGCAGGUUACUGGGUGGGGAAGUGCUUCUCACUCGCCUCAUCUAUUGAGUCUCACUCACCUCGGUCUCUCCAACAAUCUCAUCCACGAAGUGUGGAACGAUGCUUUGUCAGUCCUGCGCUCGUUGCAGAGUUUAGACUUGAGCAACAAUCUGCUUCAGCGACUUUCUCCGUCCGUUGAUAUUCCUCCUCAUCUGAUGGAACUUGAUAUUCGAGGAAAUCCGUGGCAUUGUGACUGUGGAGCAGCUUGGUUGUCCAACUUACAGCUGAGGACGGAUCCGCAUGCGCUUUUGUCUUUUUUGCCGACAUGUGGGACUCCUGCUUACUUCCGUGACCAGCCGCUACAUGCCCUCUCUACUUACGAACUCUGCAGUGGCAUUGGAAACGUUAACCGGACACAGCUUCCGCCAUCUGAUGUGGAUGAUCAUGACAUCAAGAUUUCUAGAAUAAAGUCAACGACCUUCGAUUUGACUUGGAAUGUUACCGAGAUAAGUCAACGAGGUCAGAAAAUUCAGGAGUAUAUGGGUUGGCGUGUUACCUUUAGAAAGUUCUCCGAUGCUGAGGAGAGUGAGGUGCUUUUGAUCACCCUUGCAGGUGCCGAUGCAGCUCGGAAGACAGGAACUUCUAGCGGUCAUUACACUGUGCGCCAUUUAACCCCUGCCACUGGUUACAUGGUGUGUAUUCAAACGCUCACUGAUCAUGAGAUUAAUAACAUCAUAGAAAGUCAGAGGGUUGUUCAAACUCCAAGAAAUUCGCCUGAAUCAAGAGGACGUAGUCUGAAAAUGGAUCCGAGUGCAUUUAUUAACACUUUUCAUGAAGAAUGGAGGUCGGUUCUAGAAGAAGAAGAAUCAAUAACAUUUGCUCCUACCGAAGUGAUGGAAUCUACUACAGAAGAAAUUUCCGUGACGACGACUGAUGAUGAAGUAACCAGCACUGAAGGAAACGGCGAUUCCAUUAACCAAGCGCAACGAUUCGUCUACACGAGUACUGGAGAACGUAUUCCGAUAAAUUUUGGUCCCCCCGCAUCGCCUCCUGCUCUCCCUGCUCAUCCACAGAGGUUUUUACACCCAGCCUUAGCCAGCUUUGAAGAAAAUUCUCACCCGACUAACGGAGCUCCCUUCAUACGGAACGUUCUACCUCCUCCUCCUCCAUCAUCGUUCGGUUUACGAAAUUCAGAGCAAAAGUUCCCAAUUCCUUUUGGGAGACGUAAAAGAGCUGUUGGGCUUCCUUCUGUCUACAAAAAAGGGCGCUGCAUUGAAGUUACAACAGAAGAAGAGGAUGAAAUUACGAUGCCUGUUACCGUCGCAGCGACUGCUUCUUCAUCUACCACAAUGGUAAUCCUUAUGAUCUGCUGUUGUUGCUUCCCGAAGCGAUGCAACAGAAUGCGCGAUAGCUGCAUCGAUAGAUGCAAAUCCAUCGGAAGCAAAACCAUAGUUAAAACUAAUAGUAAAACUAAAACAUUCGUUAGGCCACCCAAGUCAGAAGAAAAAAAAUUCAUUUCAAAGACUCUAAGUGCCUCUACACCAAACUUGAGACUUAUCGAGGGCGAUGAAGCCUUGCAAGAGUACCAGUAUCACAAACUAAAUAAGUAUUAUACGAUGCGAGGUAAAGAACAAGGCAAGACAUUGAUUGAAAUUUUCCCUGGAUACGAUUUGCCAAAAACUGCAGCUGCAAAAUAUUUUGGAUACGAUUUCCCCAAGAUUCAAAAUGUGAGGGAAGUUAAGGCUGUCAGAUACCCGAAUUACGUACGUCGCUUCAGCACUGACGAUAACAUGUCUCCGGUAACCAGCGACCGCUUCAUUUACUAUAACAUGAACAAAGAUCAAACUAAUCUAAAUAUCCCAGUCGAUCACUGUAAGUACAGUGACAGAAUCAAAGGCAUUAAAUAUUCACCCGCCCCUAGGAUACCUAACGAUGAAGAACGUAAUAAGAAACCUUCCAGUGAGUUUCCGAUAAAAGCUUCUAACAAUAAAAUUGGUUUCCUAACAAUCAAUCCAAGAAAAAUUGAAAUAUUACUUCCCAGGAGCAAGAGUGAAACUGAUUUGAAGUCCCUGGACACUCUCGUGAAGCCAAAAGUGCGUCUGUAUUAUAAUUUAUUAUCUGAAAUAACUCCAAAUGAAGAUAAAACUAAUCUCCAAAACAAUCCUGGUUAUGAUUUACCACUGAGAAUAAAUAAACUUGGUAGUUCUUACUUUGAAAAACCAUUGGAAAUGCAUGAGGCCAGGUUGGAAAUAGUUCGACAGUUUACGCAACCAGCCCCAAAAAGGCCGUCUCUUCUAAAUCUAGAUGGGGUUAAAAAUUUUAAUGACUGUAAUCAAAACGGGCGUGCUGUUCACUCCAACGUAGGUAUAGGGUUCACCGACGACAUUUACUAUUCCAAACCGAAGCCUUUGAAGAACGGAUCAACCUCCUUGAACAACCAAAACUCAUAUUACAAACCACACGAAGAAGACUAUAAUUCGCCAUCAGUUCCUCAUCCUUCCCGACCAAGAAUAAUCCCGGUUGGAGAGGUGGCUGUGACCGGGGGGACAUUGGUUGAGGUUCCCGAAGGGUAUGUUUUCCCCAAUAAACCAAGACCUAUCAAUGUUCUAAGACUAAAAGUACCUGCAGAUCCUGCAUCUUUCUCGGUAGCCUAAAACUUGCACGUGUGUAUAUUGCAUAAUUUUUUCCUUGCAUAUUUUACUGUACAGCCAUUGAAGCUUUAGGAUAAAAGUGUUUGCGCGGUCGAUGAUUACUAGUAUGCAGAUUUUAUUUUUAGUGAUUGUAAUACUUCGAGAAAUAUAAUUCAUUUGUAAAUUUUAAGAUUUAUUUACGUUCAAGUGUUAUUAUAUAAUGGAAUUUCACCGAAAUAAGUCGUAGAUCAUAAGUAUUCGCUAACGUUUUUUAUGUUAAAUAUCGACAAUAGUAUGUGCAUCCUUAAUUGUAAAGUCGAGAAUUAUCAAUAAUUAAGUUACAUUUUUCAUUAUACAUGUAAUUGGAGCAUUUACAUUGAAGUGGAGCAUGUGAUUUAUUUACUGUUAAGUCAGGACACGACUGUAAGCUAAUUGUUAGCAAUGAUAAUAGAUUAGCAAUACUAAUCUUAGAGUAAAUUAUCACGGUGCCAUAAUCAGAUAAUUUUUAUUGCCUUGUUGGAUUUCAAAGCACCAUAGAUUAAUCACCCUUGAAGUGCCCUUCGUUCUGAGUGGCGGUGUAGUGGCAUUGUCUUUUCAGCUCACCUUUUCUGGUAGCGAAAGGGAAACAAUAAAUCAUAUCUAACAAUGCUCAAAUAAAUUUUCAAAUAUUUCACAUUGUACUAUUUUACUUUCAUUUAGUAAACAAGUUCUAACUCUUUGAGAACUGUUUCGUUCUUUCAGACGUACACAUUUCAAUCAAAAACUUAUAGGUUUACAACCUUAAACAGCAAACUAUAUGUUCUUUAGAUGAAUAUUCAUAAUAAUAUUGUUUAUAAUGGAAAAGAUAGUUAUUGUGCAAGGUUAAUUAAUCAGACGAGACAAGUGUCUUUCAAUGUAAUUAUAAAAAAUAUGUACAUAAAUAUUUCGCUUCAUAAUCCAUUUAUUUUAAACAUUUAGAGCGCCGCAUGAAACACUUUGUUUAGAAGAUAAGUUUUUUUUAGCUCAUAAGUUGCUUGUUAAUUCAAGACUCCCGCUAUUAAGCGAGAAAAGAACUCUAAUGCAAACAAAAGUUUCUAAUUGCUUCUCCGAUGAGAUUUUAUUAUCUAUAGAUUGUAAAACGUAAAAACUCAGUCCAUAAAAUAAAUCACUGAAUUACACGGGACAUUAAGAAAACUACAACUGUAAACUGAAAACUUAGACACACAAACGAUUUCGAAUUUGAAUUAUAAUUUUAAAAACAUUUAAAACAAAGCGGAAACAAAUAUAUUGGCAAAUUCGUCUAUUUGAAGCAUCCCAAGUGUUCAAAAA